AUGACCCUCACGCUCCUCUUCUCCUCAGUCACAGCAGCAGAAAACUGCAAUUUCUCUGAAUAUAUAUCUCCAAAAUCUCUGGGUCUGAAAAAGGAGAAGCUGCUACACCUUCACUUCUUUUUUCACGACGUUGCAAGGGGAGCCAAUGUCACCGCAGAGUCAGUUGCGCAGGCCAAAACGUCCAACGCUUCCCCCACGCGUUUCGGAUUCCUGGUUAUAGCCGACGACCCAUUGACCAUUGGGCGCGACAUCCGGUCGAAGGUGGUCGGAAAGGCACAAGGACUGUACGGGUUUUCAGACCGGAGCGAGAUUUCGCUAUUCAUGCUCUUGAACUUGGUGUUCACGGAAGGGGAAUUCAGUGGCAGCAGUGUGAGUAUGUUGGGUCGGAACCCGAUAUUCCACAAGAAAAGGGAAUUGCCAAUUGUUGGGGGGACUGGGGUUUUCAAGCUCGCACGUGGCCAAGCUUAUCUCAAGAAGAUUAUUCUUGAUGACGAUACAGGGGUUGCCAUUGUGGAGUACAACCUUUACGUCUUUCAUUAUUGA